ACAAGUAUCUCAGUCUAUAUAAAUGGACCUUACAGGUUUUCAUUCAACAGAUUUAUCUUAAUAUUUUGAAACAAUCAUGCAAGCCGUCUUUGUGUUGUUAUUCUGCCACUUGGUUCAUUUUGUAUUUGGAUGUACACCUUUUAUAGAACAUGAUCAGUCGCGUUUCUGUAGGAAUGAUCACGCAUUUAGUGGAAUUGUGCGAUUUUCCAGAGUAUCGGACUCCGAGGCUGUCUUUCAAAUUCAAGUAAUUAGAAAUAUCAAGGGCGGGGUUACUUUCCCUAAUGGUCUAAUAACGGUUUAUGGAAGAGGAGAACUACAUUCCUGUGGAGCUACAAGACUGAAUCAGGGCCAAAGAUACAUCUUAUAUGUUUCUCCAAAUGAUAACAGACUAAGUGUGAAUCACUAUCAGGAAGCUAGUCCCAUCAAUUUCAACAGAAUCAGAAGAUACGACUGCUCUUGUGAGAUCGAGAUCGACCUUCCACAACAAUCAUUCCCUAACAAUUCGAUACCUGCCAGGGACAAAUGUAUCAUCACGGAACAAGAAUUUGGCUGCACAUUCUGGAAUGGAUUUUGUAGCCGGGCUGCAUCACGAUAUGGACCCCGUGGCGCAUGUCAAUGGGUCCCAGGAAGGUCCGUUUGUUAAUAGGUGACCGAUGUGGUUCAGGAAUUGGAUCCAUUUUAUACUAUU